UCCUUCUUCUAUUCUGUUAUUAUUCUCUCUUUCAAAUCCAUUUAUUUUCUCAAGAAAAAUUUAACAUGGCCAAAGAUGUUGUCUCUACUACUUUUGAACAUCCUCCAUCAUCCAAUAUUAAUGGAGAAAAUUAUUAUGAAUCCUCUUCUAAAUCAUGUGUAGAAAACAACAACAAUAAGAGGCUCAAAAUCUUUGGUUUUGAACUUAUUGAUCCAAAAAAAUCUCCAAAAAUAGUCCAAAAGAAUUCAUCAAAAGAAGAUCAAGAAAGUGUAAAUUCAUCAUCAGCUUCCACAGUUUCAUCAGGAAAUAUUAGAGAUCAUCAAGAAAAAAUAUUAUCUUCAUCAUCAAAUCAUGAGGAAAUAAUGAAGAAAUUUGACUGUCAAUAUUGUUUAAAACAAUUUGCAAAUUCUCAAGCUUUGGGAGGUCAUCAAAAUGCUCACAAAAAGGAAAGAAUGAGGAAAAAAAGGCUACAACUUCAAGAAAGAAAAGCAAGCUUAAGUUGCUAUCUUCAACCUUUUCAUCAUCAAAAUUACAACAACAACAACAAUAGUAAUAUUAUUAAUUAUCAAUUUUAUGACCCUCAAUUUACAGUUUAUGAAGAAUCCCAAAUUAGUUUUGAUCAUCAAGUCUCAUUAUCAGGAGGAGGAAAGUGGCCAUUUCAUCAAGAUUCUAAUUGUACAUUUACUCUUACACAUGGUGGAAUUAAUUACAUGAAGCCUCCAUCAACUAAUUUGGAUAAUUCAGCUACUAAACAAAAAAGUACUUCAUGUAAACCUUUAGAUCUUCAAUUGGGAUUAAAUUUGUAAUAUUAAUUAGUGAAAGCAAAGAUAGAAUUAAUUGAUAUUUGUAGUUGUUCUAGUUUAGAGUAAUUUCUAGAAAUUAAAGAGCUUGAUCAUGCAUGGUCUAUAUCUCUUUUUACAUUUUGUAAACAUAUUGGAAGAAAAAGCAAUGAAAAAAAAGAGAUGAUGAUUUGCUA